ACAUGCUUCACGCCGCCGUGUUCGGGGGAAGAGGAUGCUCCAGAGGUCUGAGAUGGCCAACUACUUUACACCACGUGAGGUACGGCAUGCCAAAAAUCCGAAUUGGAGCCGGCGGUACAGCAGAGACCCCACCUCGGACGUCAAGAAGAAACCAAAAUGCCUCGUAGUACAGAAGGGUUUGUGUGGGAGGCUGACCGUGGGGCGGAGGCAGGCCUCGAGACUGAUGCCGUGGUCGACGACAGCAUGGAUCUCAGUGAGAGCUACGACGUCAUUGUGAUCGGAGCAGGAUUUGCAGGCCUCACGGCGGCCCGCGAGAUUGCAGCCGACAGGACGCUCAAGGUGCUUCUGCUCGAUGGUCGGGACAGGAUCGGCGGGAGAACGUGGACGGCGUCCGCCUUGGGCGAGAGUUUUGAAAUGGGAGGCACAUGGGUCCACUGGAUCCAGCCAUUCAUCUACGCCGAGCUUGUACGAUAUGGCCUGGAGCGUAAUCUUAAGCCCUCUUCAGGCUUCGUUGCGGACGAGCUGCGCUUCACACCCAUCACGGGGGAGCCGUUCACGAGGCCAAUGAAGGAGCACGGAGCUGCCAUGGGCCCCGUGGCUGAUGAGUUCUUCUCCUUCGACGGCCUCACGAGUCGCGAUCUCAUGCCCUACCCGCUCGAUCCCCUGCGAGAACCCGCGCCCUGGGCCAAGUACGACCAUGUCACCGUGCAGCAGAGGUUGGACCAGCUAAAGGCCGGGUCCCAGCAGGACAAGGCCAUGUUCGAGGCAUUCUUGAGCACAUUUUCUGGCACGCCAGCGACCGAACUGGGUUGGGCUGAGACGCUCCGCUGGUACGCGCUUGCUGGGCACGACUUCGGUCGCAUCGGAGAAUUUGCUGGGCUUUACAAAAUUGGCGAAGGCGGCACGACGCGGCUGGCUCGGGCCAUGCUUGCUGAUUAUCACGGUGACUUGGCGAUGCGUAGCACGGUCCACAGGAUUGUCCAGGACGACAAUGGCGUCACCGUGAGCGUCAGCGGCGGCCGGCAAUUCAUUGCGAAGUGCGCUGUCUGCACCAUUCCCUUAAAUGCCUUGGGUGGCGUCCAGUUCGAGCCACCACUUGACCCCACACGACAAAAAGCAGUUGACCAGGGCCAUAUCUGCAAGGUCCCAAAGAUCCAUAUGAAGUUGUCGAAGCCCGAGGCUCCGUUUUUCCUGUCCGCUCAAGGCGACGCGAGCACCCCGUACUGCUUUGCCUUCAGCGACCAUACUGGCACAAAAAGCUCAGGUCCCGACGGCACAUACGCGAUCGCGUUCGGUUACAGCGGCCACCUCAGCGACCAUAAGGACGGAGAGACGAUAUGCUCUCAGUUCAAGAAGCACCUCAAGCCCGAGGCUGACAUCCAGGCAUACGUGACACACAACUGGGCGGCCGAUCCGCUGUCGAAAGGGUCAUGGGCGUGUUGGGGACCCAGCUCUGCGAGCAAGUACCUCGGGGCAUUGCAGAAGCCACAUGGGCUGGUGUUUAUGGCCAGCGCUGACUGGGCAAGUGGGUGGAGAGGGUUCGUUGAUGGGGCUAUCGAGCAAGGAAUCGUCGCUGCCAGGCAGGUCCGUCAGAGCUUCCAGUCUAAGGCUAGUCUCGCCGCGAGACUGUGAUGCACACACACACACACACACACAGGUUGGGCUGCUCAUCGUCGUGUCUCAUACAGCAACUAGCACUGUCUGCAGCAUAGGUGGUCAGGGAUGUUGCAUAAUGCUUGCAUUCCUUAAGCUAUCUCACACCCUAGUACUGGGCAUGUUAUUCUACAGUCUGCCGCAUAUCGGUCGAAUGAAUAUAGAGUGGGAGCUAUGGUCUCCCGUCUUGACCGUAGUAAAGCCUCGCAGGAGCGAUUUACACGUUGGUACGCUUCUCCUCCUCGAUGCUGACGGUGGGCUGGAUGGCAUCGCCGUGGAUGCGCUUCUCGACAGCCGCAGUAGCCUUGUCGUUGAGCUCGUCACCCUCGAACACUGUGUUUGUGAACGGAAGUGGUUAGUAAAGU